AAUAUUAAAUAUGAUCUGUGAUAUUAGAAGAUAAUAAUACCAAUCAGCCUAUUCAACUUCUCCUCUCUGUGUACUUAUCUUAUAUUACAAGUAUACUAUAAAACAUGAAUCUACUCCCAAAAGCGCACGAGGAAUUCAGUCAUGCAGAAUACUGGAACACAUUCUUCAAAAAGCGUGGCAAGAAGGCAUUUGAAUGGUAUGGAGAAUAUCCAGAAUUAUGUGGAACACUUUCAAAGUAUAUUAAAAUAAAAGAUAAUAUUCUGAUUGUUGGUUGCGGGAAUUCUACAUUAAGCAUGUCUUUGUAUGACGUUGGUUACAGAAAUAUAGUCAAUAUCGAUAUAUCACAUAUUGUGAUCAAACAAAUGUGUGAUAUAAAUAACAGUAUAAGGCCAGAUCUGGUGUACGAACAUAUGGAUGCUACACAAAUGACAUAUUCUGAUGAAAAAUUUAGUGUGAUUCUCGACAAAGGUACACUGGAUGCUCUAAUGCCGGAUACCAAAGAGACAACACUGUCUACAGUUAAUAAAUAUUUCAAGGAAAUCACACGAGUGUUACGGAAUGGAGGCAGAUACAUCUGCAUAUCGUUGCUCCAAGAGCACAUCCUACGUAAGCUUUUGUCAUACUUUCCUGCUUCAGGCUUCAUGUUUCGCAUAGUACGAUGUCACGAAACUGAGUUGAAAGCACGUACAGAAGAAGGCAAUUCACUUCUUGUUUUUGCGAUCAUUGCUACAAAAUUUACCAAAUUAUCUCAGAACGUUCUCGAAAUAGCUCUGGUUAAUGGCCCACCUGAACGAUUAUCUACAACGGACGAUAUGAUAUCCGCCGUAUUGUGCGCGCAACAGUCUGCAUUGUUGUGCAAUAGUCUUUACAAGAGAAGCAUCGCCGAUGUGGGAGAAGUAUCAUUAGAUUUACAUCGUCCAGGUGAUAAGCAUCCAAGAUACACCGUCUAUGUUCUCGAUCAACCACGCACACGGGGGACAAAGACAUAUGCGGCUUUCAUUGUGCCACAGGGAAAAGAAACGGAUUGGUUGUUCAAUACGAAAGAAGGACGACAGCAAGUCCUAAAAAGCGCGCAGCGAGACAGACUCGCAAUUAUCACCUUACGUAGAGAACACAAGUUUGAUAAUUGGGAUGCUGUGAAAACAGAGUUAGAAGAUUGCGUUCUUAACUUAGCACCGGCCGAUUUGUCCAAAAACGAUAUUCCUUUUCUGUCUCUGGGUUCUGAUGUUGGGGUUCGAAACAUUUGCUAUGAAGGAAAAAGCGAAAUUAGUGGACCAUUUAUUAUCGAAGAAGUAGAAAAGGAUGGCCACGAAUUCAGGCGACUUGUGUUCCUGAAUAAUCCUUAUGUCAUUCAGAGCGAAGCCAGACUAAAAGACGCAAAAUCUAGACGUGGUAAAACGAAGAAAAUCGUCGAUCCUGGAUUCUUAGCUUGUGAACAUCAUAUAUAUAUGACCACUGGAGUAAAUGCAGUAAUUGAUAUAAAAGAACAGGACAAUAUUAUGAUUAUAGGACUUGGAGGUGGUGGUCUUUGCAUGUUCUUACAUCAAUGUUUUCCUAAAUUAAAAAUUACUGCAGUCGAAAUUGAUAAUGCGAUGUUAAAAGUAGCUACCGAAUACUUCAAUCUUAUUCUUGAUGACCGGAUGAAAGUGGAAAUCGCGGAUGGAAUUCAAUAUAUUAAAGACGUUGUGACAUCCGAGACAAAAUACAAAGCGAUACUUUUCGAUAUCGAUAGCAAAGAUACCACUGUCGGAAUGAGUUGUCCACCUAAACAAUUUCUCGAAAUGUCAGUGCUGAAAGCAGUUGCCUCGUGCUUAACGAAGAACGGUCUUUUUAUCUUGAAUUUAGUCAGUCGAGACAAAAGUCUAAAACAGAAAACUAAGGACGAUCUGAAAUCGGCAUUCUCAUCGAUUACUUGUCACGCCAUUCAAAAUGAAAUUAAUGAAAUUGUUAUGUGUUCCGUUGAAAAACACAAUCCGAAAGAAUGGAAAAAUAGACUUAGACUCGCCGCCAUUGAUUUGAACAAACAAGCAACUGCGAGAAAAUUAUUCUCUUUCAAGGAAUCAUUUGACGCCUCCAUACUUUUAGAAAAUUUAUCUGUAGAAUUGUAACGUUUUGUACAUAUAUAUUU